UAGUUGACACCUAGUGGGCCUUGUGCUCUGCUCCCUUCUCAUUGAUUUUACUUUCCUACUUCCCUUCUCAAACGAAUGAAUGGUUUUCAAGAUUUCUAACAAAAACCCAGAAUUCUGAAUCUGUCUUUGCCUUCUCAAACUGCAAAAUGAGUGAUUUCAAGGAACCUUUAGUUCAGCGUCAAGCUUCAUACACUUCUCCUUAUGUCAACCCUCUCACUGACCUCAAACACAACCGCAGCUGCAGUGAAGGAAACCAUGCAACCUUUACAGACAACAAAGAAAAUGUUUUCUUUGGUGUUGGCAAAGAAAAUGCAGCUCCUACAACAAAUAAUGGGUCGUCGUCAUCUUCUUCUUCAAUGGCUAAAAGGAUCACUCAUUUGAAAUCUUUGUCAACUAUUGGUACUUUUGAUAAUUCCAAAGAAGUUUCAAGUUACAAGUCUUUGUCUACCGGGAAGGUCUUGAAAGAGUCAUCCCUUCAGUUCUGUAUGCAAAUGAAUGAGCCUGACAAGGCUUUUGGGUGCAAGUUGUGGGACCCCAUUGAUUCAGAGAAUUCUAAUUCUUUGAACAUUUGGGAUUAUUCAGAUUCUGAGGCUGCCCCAGCGUCUUCUUGGUCUACAUUGCCUAACAGGGCCUUGUUGUGCAGGCCAUUGCCACUGGACAUAGGUAGAUGUACUUGUGUUCUUGUGAAGGAACCCUCACCGGAAGGAUUCGCAGGUGGUACUCUGUAUUCACUUUAUACCAAUGAAGGUCAAGGAAGACAGGAUCGGAAACUAGCAGUAGCUUAUCACAAGCGACGGAAUGGGAAAUCAAUGUUCUCCAUAGCUCAGAAUACAAAUGGGAUACUGUCUAAUUCUGAUGAUGGUUAUAUUGGACUCAUGACAGCUAACCUCAUCGGAUCAAAAUACAAUAUAUGGGAUCAGGGUGGCUGCACCAAGUCGUUGAACAAACAGUCUAAUCCUCUCCUGUGUGUCGUAACGUUCAUGCCAACCAUAGCCACCUGGACUGGAAAUUACCGAAGCAUGAAGGUGUAUAUACCUAAGCACCAAUCAAUGCAGAUGAAGAAUGUGACUCAGAUGCAACAUAUUAGUGGACUACCUACGGACUGGGAGGGGAAAAUGGAUAAAAUUCACAAGUUAUACUCGAGGAUUCCUCGUUACAACAAUAUGCUGAAAAAAUAUGAGUUAGACUUCAGAGAUAGGGGAAGAGCUGGACUCAGAAUACAAAGCUCAGUAAAGAAUUUUCAGCUGACAUUGGAGGAGAAUGGAAGGCAAACAAUUCUGCAGCUUGGCAGAGUGGACAGAUACAAGUAUGUUAUGGAUUUCAGAUAUCCAUUGACAGGCUACCAAGCAUUCUGUAUAUGCUUGGCUUCAAUUGAUUCAAAGCUUUGUUGUGCAAUGUAAUUGAAGUCCAUGGCCAUUUGUUCGUAGUUCAACCUCUGAACCGAAGUUUUUUCUAUUCCCAAGUUUCCAUCCUGGAGCUUUUCUGCUUCACUUUAGUGAAGGAAAGGUGACCAUAUUUGUUUAAGCAUGAGAAGCUUUAUUAAGAUUAAAGAAGCUUUGAUGAUGAUUAGUGUUUAAGAAUCAUAGCUUCAAUGCAAACAUUACCUUCUAAUUCCCCACUGAUCCUAAUUUAUCCUUGGUCCACUAGUGUCAUGUUUCUAUGUAAUUUCGGACAUAAUUGAACAGAUUCAUUUGAAUUAAUUAUUUGUUCUUCCAUGCAGAAAAGAUGGUUCAUUCCUUUCCUCUUGACUUGAGUAUAUUGAAUUCAACACCCAUUUUGCUUUAAUGUUUACCAUCUUAUUCUGUCAUGAAGACUAGGUGAUAGCAAUGUAUUUUAAAAUUACUUUCCCUCCAUAGAGACAGAGAAUGUC